CGAGGAAUGUCGACUUAAAGACGCUUUAUCUACAUCACUUUGCCCAACGCUACCCCACUAUGGUUUCUCACGAUGUUCCUCUCCGAAAUUUGUUCACUCUCCACUUUCGUCUCUCUCUUGGUCUUCAUUACAAAACCCGCCUGCAUCACUACCAUGUGAUCCAUUAAAGAUCGAUAAUCAUUUUCAAAGAGAUGAACUGUCAACUUCGCCCGAGGGUUUGCUACUGAGUCGUCGUAACGCAAUUGGAUGCAGUGCACACCGAGAAGCAGCAGACGUAUCUUUUACUUUAAUCAAUGCGAGUGCUGCUACUACUACUACCGAGACGACGUUUACUACAAUAACUGUUGAGACAAGAGAAAUACGACCUGUCGGAUUAGCCGGUCUGCCGAAUAGAAAGAAACGAUCGUUCAUUGGAAAGAUUUCUGGAAUUAUAUUUGGUGGGACAGCAUACUUUCCCGAAUUAGAAAUAUAUCCACGAGGUGCAAUGGAUUUUGACAAUAACUCUCUAAAUGCAGACAUUGUGGUCCUUGCAUAUUAA